AUGGGCUUGGGGGUGGUAUGUGAGGAGCUACACCACGUUUCAGGGCUGCCGGACAAGCGGGGAUAUAACUUCGCUCUCUCCCUUCUGUUAGGCAGUCUGUUACGAAUUAGGCUGCUGGCAGUCAGGGUUGAUCCGUAUGGGUUUGAAAGGCCAGAAGACUUCGAUUAUGCAUCCUAUGAAGCAUUCUUUUCCAGAUAUCUAGUGGUACUCACUAGAAGAGCAAUAAAAUGGUCCAAGCUCCUAAAGGGGAAUAACAGUAUACAGAAGAGUUUAAAAGUGAAGAGAUAUAUCAGGAAAGGCAUCCCCAAUGAACACCGUGCAUUGAUCUGGAUGAUUGUGAGUGGGGCCCAAACCAACAUGGAACAAAACCCUGGAUAUUACCACAGACUGCUUGAAGGAGAGAAGAAUGACAAGCUGGUUGAAGCAAUCAAAACAGACAUGAACAGAACAUUUCCAGAUAAUGUAAAAUUCCGCAAAACUGCUGAUCCCUGUUUGCAGCAUACACUCUACAACGUAUUGGUAGCAUAUGGGCAUCAUAAUAAAGCAGUAGGAUAUUGUCAGGGUAUGAACUUCAUAGCUGGAUACCUGAUUCUUAUUACAAAGAAUGAAGAGGAGUCCUUUUGGUUACUAGAUGCUCUUAUUGGAAGAAUAUUGCCUGAUUAUUACAGUCCUGCAAUGUUGGGCCUGAAAACUGAUCAGGAAGUCCUUGGAGAACUUGUGAAAAUGAAAGUUCCGGCUGUGGCAGAGCUGAUGGAAAGACAUGGAGUCAUGUGGACCCUAGUGGUGUCACGCUGGUUUAUAUGCUUGUUCAUUGACAUUCUUCCAGUAGAGACUGUGCUCCGAAUAUGGGAUUGUUUAUUCUACGAAGGGUCAAAGAUCAUCUUCCGCGUGGCCUUAACGUUAAUUAAGCAACACCAAGCUUUUAUUUUGGAAGCCACGAAUUUCCCUGACAUUUGUGAUAAAUUUAAGCAGAUCACCAAAGGAACAUUUGUAACGGAGUGUCACAGCUUCAUGCAGAAAAUAUUCACAGACCCUGGAAGCUUGUCCAUGGCAACAAUUAACAAACUCCGAGACACUUGCAGAGAGAAGUUGCUUUCUCAGGGAUAACUCACCAGAUUUAACCAGGUGGUCAGAUACUACAGCAAUUGACACAUUCCUCUAUUUGCACUGACUAGAGCACACUUUAAGCUUUCCAUGAGUCAACUGACACUUGACCAAUCUUUCCUGCCUUUCAAGUAAGUGGUGUUAGUAUUUUGUACUGUAUGUCAGACUUCAUAACUGGAACUGGUGGUUCUGUUGUUUGUUUGUUUUAAAGGAUUAAAGUGUUUUCAGAGUAGAAUGUGAUCAGUGUCAGGACACUCCUUUUAAAAAAAGCAGUUACCAUCCUUGUCUUUUCAGGGCAUUUUGUAAUGUUAAAAGAAAACAGGUGUAUAAAAUUACAUAUCCUUCCUACUGUAUUAACUGUGACACCACUAUCAUUUGUACAAAAUAAAUUAAUUUAAUUUGUCAGAACCUGUUUCUUGGUGUGAAGAGAGUAAAAUAUCCGAUCUCUUUCCCGACUGCAACUAGUUGUCUAGAAUACAAGCAUCUUCCUUUUUCCUCACUGCUAUCACUUAAGGAACUCAAUAAAAUAUGGCAAAGUGCAGGGCAAGACAGCAAUGAGGAAGGUGAUCUUCAUCUUCACUAACAGUUACUCUGUGCAGUGUAUAACAGCUCUUCAGGUAAAGGCAGCAGGGAACACGUGCAAUCCAGGCUACAGAAAGCAGCAGCAACAAUUCUUCUAUAACCACUCUUAAUAUUUUAUACGCUUAUUUGGGGUUUUCCAGCUCCAGCACAGUAGGUAACAAGUAAUUUCACUCAAAUCUGGAAGUAGCAUUUCUCACUUCGUUGUUAAGGGAUGCUGAAAGUAGAUGCUGUACUACUUUGUGCUGGUGUACUGAGGUUGCACUACAGGUGCUAUAUCCUCCUAUACCUGUGUCCCUGAAAAUUUUGGGAGAAACACUCAAAGACAGCCACAAACAGACUUCUUCCCUGCCAGGGUGAGACAUCAGGCAGUUCCAAAGCUGUACCUUAAUGCAAGUCUAAAUAUCCUACCCCCGGACAGAAACAAGCAAAGCAGCAGCCCAGCCCCUGGCGCUUCCAGCCCUGCUGGAGCCAGGUGCCUGUGAAUUGCUUUCUUGUCCUUACAGAGCCCUCUCGUGGCCAAAUCCUUGCCGUCUCCUUCCUGCUGGGGAAGGGAGGGAAGACUGAAGAGAGGCCAGCAAUUUGUGCUUUUUAUUCUCCCUGUUGAACUACUGUGGAAAGCCUCACC